AAUUUUUCAAACCUACACUGAUAAAAUAUCCAGAUCAAACCAGAUAAAAAUCAGUCACCUGUCAUAAGUCAGUGUAAAUUUACAAGUAAAUACACCAUCAGUCGUUUCAUUUAUUUAUCCAAUUUAUAAAAAAAAAUAUAUUGAAAAACAAUGGCUUUACGUUGGGGAAUUGCCAGUGCAGGAAGAAUUUCGCAUGAUUUCGUAGCGGCUUUAAAAACUUUACCUGCAGAUGAACACGAAGUUGUUGCAGUCGCGGCUAGAAAUCACGAAAAUUCAUUGGAAUUUGCUAAAACGCAUGGGAUUCAAAAAGCGUAUGAAGGUUAUUUAGAUCUUGCUACUGACGUUUCAGUUGAUGUCGUUUACAUCGGUACAAUAAACACCCAACAUUUAUAUUUAACAAAGCUAAUGUUGGAACAUGGUAAACAUGUUUUGUGCGAAAAACCAUUAACAAUAAAUUCGACACAAACGAAAGAACUAAUUGAGUACGCAAAGAGCAAAAAUUUAUUUUUAAUGGAAGCAAUUUGGUCAAGAUGUUUCCCAGUUUACAAAGAAUUAACCCAUCAAUUAAAAAUGGGAACAAUCGGAGAUGUUCUUUACGUUAACGUAACAUUUGGUGUACCGAUCGAUAAAGUACCAAGAGUUAGUUUAAAAAAAAUGGGUGGCGGAGGAAUCCUCGACAUCGGAAUUUACACCCUACAAUUCGUCCAGUACAUUUACCGCGGCGUGAAACCUUUAAAAGUAUGCGCAACGGGACAUUUAAAUUCCCAAGAAGUUGAUGAAAUGGCCAACGGACUACUUUUAUAUCCAGAUGGAAAAAGCGCGGUUGUUAGCUGUUGCACAAAAACUUUAUAUCCAAAUGAAGCGGUUGUUGUUGGAACUAAAGGACAAAUAGUGAUCCCAACCUUUUGGUGUCCGUCAAAAUUGAUUACGCCCGAAAAAACGUUUGAAUAUGAAAUUCCCAAACCCGGAGUUCAAUUAAAUUUUCAAAACAGCGGUGGAUUGGCUUAUGAAGCCGACGAAGUGCGAAGAUGCAUCAAAGCAGGAUUAAUAGAAAGCCCAAUGUUGCCUCACAGCGAAAGCAUUGAAUUAAGUGAGAUGAUGGAUUCGUUUAGAAACGAUCUUGGAGUUAUUUAUCCGGAAGAUAUUUAAGAAAAAUUAUAUGAAUUGGAAAUUUAUCAUUUUUUUAUUAUAAAAAAAUUAUUCAAAUAUA